GUCUCCAAUUCUUUCUGGCUCACGAGUCGGUGCGGGGCUGUGGAGAGUGGGGAAACAGGGGAUUACCGCUGUGGCGGCCGCCGGCGAUCUGGCGCCUCACCCUCACGGCUCCGGCUCCCCCGACCAUGUACAGCUCCGGCUCCUCCGACCAUGCCGCACACUCCUUGCCCAGCGCCCUCCUUCUCCAGGUCCCGCAGCCACCAUGAGUUGCUCGCCUCAACCCAGGUCGAUGACCACUCCGAACUAUCCUGCCGUCUGCUCUUGAGGCUGCCGUCAGACAAUUCUCCUACCAUUGCGCAGCGUCGGCGUUCAGUGCGCCGCCCCGUGAGCCCACCCUGACGCCAUGCUUCUCCCUCCUGACUCCUGAGGAAGCUGGGCAGCAAGUUCAGCUGCUGAGGUCCAAAUACUCUACCUCUGCAACAAGCUGUCCUAUGCGGAUACCUGGAAAAAGCAGGACCUCUAUGGUUCAGAGUUGUUGAGUGUACAACGUUGUAUAUAUUCAAUUCGGUGUGUUCUAGUAUUAUAUAUGUAUUCGUAAAUUUCGUCGUGCUAAACGGUUAUUCCAGGAAUCAUUUCAGUAGCCCAAUCAGUGUGCUUAUUUGUUUAGAUGACACUAGAAUUUUUUGUGAAGAACAAUGUACAAUCAUUGUGUUGUUCACCUUUAUUUAUCUUUCUAUCAGGUCUGCUUUAGUUAUAUGCCAAGAUUUCAAUUACCACGGUUUCUUCUGUUGAGGUGGGGCAGCUGAGGAACAUAUAUCAGAUAAGGCACAAAAUGCUGAACUGAAGUUGUUUCUCGAAGUGGAAUUUGGACUGGAUCUGCAGCCUCUCCCUCCUGAGAAGAGCAAGGAAGAUAAUCAUUCUGUUCAUCAAACCCUCCAGGCCCAAAGAAGAAGUGUUUAUGUUCAUCCAGUUUCUCAGGCUGCAGUUUUGGGGAACACCCAUAACAUGACGUGGAAUGGUAACUAAAUAAAAUUGUUGAUGUACUUUUACCAACCAAUAUUCACUCUUGGUCAGGUCCAUCCUGCUAAUAUUUGUUGUAUUGCUGAAUUUUUUAGCAGAUUGUUCUCCUGUUAUCAUGUAGCAGAUUCCACAUUGAGCAGUAAUGUACUACUAUAAUGCAGUUCUUUCAUGACCAUCGUAUUACUGUACUUAAUAGAGUUAUAUGGUGUGAGCAUACUCCCUAUACCUAAGUUUUUCUCUAUUCACUUGUGCUAAGGCAUUCAACCAAUGUACUACUGAAUUUUAUAGCUGGGCUCUUGUUUCGCUAAUGCAAUGGAAUCGGGGGGCUUUGCCCUCCUGAUUGUCUAAAUAUUUUAUAGCUGGUUGUUGGUCUUGUGUGCCGGUUCCCAGAUCGAGUAAUGAUGAUGCAAUUCUUGAUUGGUGUUUGCAACAUUUCACGUUUUUUGUUGCAUGUUUUUUCUGGCCUUUGAAAUUCUAAACAACGCCAAGAGAACAGUCAGCUUAGAGAUUUCCUCACCAAAUUUCGUGGCGCAGCGGAGCGUACCUGUUCCAGAGUAUAUAACUACAAGUACAUCAGCUUCACACCAUAAGAGACAGAGAAAUUGACAGCACGGCUCUUCCACAGCUAUGUCUUCUUCCUCCACCACCAUGGCUGCCAUAUGGGCUCUGGCCAUUAUCCACCUCCUUCUAUUGCUCCCACUCCUGCGGUCCUCCAUUGUGUUCGAGCUCCACGGCGACGUCUAUCCUACUGGCCUCUUCUACGUUACCAUGAACAUUGGGGAACCCGCGAAGCCCUACAACCUUGACGUCGACACGGGCAGCCCCCUCACGUGGCUGGAGUGUGACGCCCCCCUCCAGAGCACUCACAAGGGGCCACACGAAGCGUACAGACCAACACCGACCAACGUGGUGCCAUGUGAUGAUGAGCGCUGCGUGGCGGUGCACAGGGACCUCGGCCUCGCGCACGACUGCACUCGGAACCCAGACCAAUGCGACUAUGUGUUUGGUUACAAGGACGGCGAGUCAUCCUUGGGCGUGCUCUUGGCCGACCAGUUCUCCCUCCCCACCAACAAUGAGAACCGACCCAACCUUGCUUUCGGCUGUGGGUACGACCAGGAAGGUGGGCAAGAGGCAGGCAAGAAGCUGGUGGAGGCGGAUGGCGUCCUCGGGAUCGGCAGGGGGACGGGUGACCUCGUCUCCCAGCUAAAGCAACAAGGCAUAAUCACUGACAAUAUCUUUGGCCACUGCCUCGGCGUCCAUGGAGGGGGUUUCCUCUUCUUUGGGGGCGACAGGGUGCCCUCUGCCGGCGUAACCUGGGUUCCAAUGGCUCAGAAUGUCGGGAGCCACUACUCACCUGGCGCAGCAACACUGAACCUCAAUGUACAACUGGAAUACCCGGUGGGAGUGACUCUCGAGGGUUCAUCACUUACCAAGGUGGACGAUGAUGCGCUGGCUGAAUGCUGGGAAGAAAACGAGCCAAUUCAAUUUGUUGACGACGUCAAGAGUAAAUUCAAGCCACUUGAACUUACUUUUGGCCAUGGGGCUAACCAGGCCACCAUGGAGAUCCCUCCUGAAAACUAUAUCGUUGUCACGAAAACCGGGAAAGUGUGCCUGGGCAUCCUCAAUGGAUCACAGAUUGGUCUGGAUCGACUGAACCUAAUUGGAGGUAAUACAAUGCAGAAUUAUAUCAUGAUAUACGAUAACGAGAGAGCACGGAUCGGAUGGGCCCGUGCGUCAUGCUAUGAAAUGCCAGGUCUCGAACCUCUCAUCGGGUCGCGUCUCUGAAUGACGCUUCUUCUGACAUGCUGUGGGCUAAGCUAGAAGAUAGAUGGAGGUGUCAUCGCUUUAGAACCGGGGCUCAUACCUUAACAAGAAUGAAGGACUUCGAAUGAGAAAUUGAGAUGAUAUUUUUUGGAAAACUAUUUUUCCCACCGGCUGAUUGCAGCAUUCUGUUCCGCCGCGCGCUGCACCUUCCGAUCAUCGCUUGCGAUCUUACGGUGAUAGAGAGCGGCCGCAUGCAGCCUGCCUUGCUUUAUCUGAUUGCCAACUGAAACAUCACAGCUACAUCUAUAGACAAGGACGGGUAGAACCCUUGCAUUGUCUAAAGAAUGUAUUUCCCGCAAUAAAAAAAUCUAAAGAAUGUAUUUCCCGCAAAAAAAGAAAAUCUAAAGAAUGUGUUUUUUCUCUUC